GCUCCCGGCCCGCCGCGGGGAUGCGCGGCUUUGCGGAGCGCCUUUGCCGGGCGCGCAGGUCACGCACCGCCUCCUCCUUGAACCGAGAUUACUGCGCGGCCCCCGGCGGCCGCGCGGCCUCCCCCCGGGGCUCGCUGCCGCCCGCACCAUGACCCCGCGGGCGGCUUUGCGGAGCUGUCACAAACGGCCCGUGACGCCGCCGGCCCGGGCCGCGGUCGCGGUGCGGAGGGGGGCAGGCGGGAGCUGCCGGGCCCCGCCGCGGGCCGUGAGCCCCCCGGGGCCGCCGCCGCGCCAUGGCGCUGCUGCCCGCGCUGCUGCUGCUGCUGCUCCUGGGCCUGGCGGCGCUGGCAGCGGUGCUGGCCGUGGUCCUCCUCUCCCUGCCCAGCUACGACAUCCCGCCCGGGGUGAACCAGCCCGCCAAGCUGCGCCUGGUCUUGGCCGUCCUGCUCGGCACGGCCGCCCUGGGAAGGAUUUUGGAGAAGACUGGACUUUGCAAUCAAAUCACAUUUGGCCGAUACGUGCGACAAGGACGGAAACUAGGGGUGGAUCCAAAGCUCUUUAUCCAGGAUCUGCAGUUUAACAAAGUACCUGUGAGGGUUUAUCAGCCUAAAGCUACUUCUGACGGGCGAAGGAGAGCUCUCAUCUUCUUUCAUGGAGGAGGCUGGGUGUUUGGAAGUCUUGAUACCUAUGAAAAAGUAUGUCGCUACAUAUCCAGAGAAAGUCGCUCGGUAGUUGUAUCUGUUCAGUACCGUUUAGCCCCUGAACACAAAUACCCUGCUGCAUAUGAAGACUGUCUUACUGCCACCAUACACUUCAUGAAGAACGCAGAGCACUAUGGUGUGGAUCCUGCCAACAUAACUGUCUGUGGGGACAGUGCUGGGGGCAAUCUGGCAGCUGCUGUUAGCCAGACCCUUGCAGGUAGAUCAGACCUCCCCAGCCUGCGUGCUCAGGUCUUGAUCUACCCAGGCCUGCAGGCCCUGGACUUCAAUUUACCAUCCUACCAUCAAAAUCGAGGGGUCCCUCUCUUAUUCCGAGAACGUGCUGCUUUCUUUGCUUUGCAGUACCUCAAUGGGCAUGCACUGCAUAUGCAAGAGGUCUUGGAGGGCUCUCAUAUUCCUCCAGAUAUGAGGCUGAAGUACAGGAAGUGGGUGAGUCCAGAUCACAUCCCUGAAAAAUUUAAGGUCAGAGGUGUUAAGCCACGUAAGUCCACUGAUUUUAUUGCUGAAGUUUAUGAGACAGUGAAGAGAUUCUGUGAGCCCAACCUGUGCCCGCUGCUGGCUGAAGAUGCUGUGAUUCAGCAGCUGCCUGAGUGUUUCAUCCUGACUUGCGAGUAUGAUGUGCUGAGGGACGAUGGCUUGCUUUACAAGAAGAGACUGGAGGACAACGGUGUUCCAGUGACCUGGUACCACCUCGAGGAUGGAUUCCAUGGAAUCAUAAGCCUCUAUGAUUACUGUGGUUUGUCAUUCCCAUCUGGGAAAAGGGGAUUGGACAGCGUUGUUAACUUCCUAAAAAGCUUAUAGCAAACAUCUUAGAUUCCACGAGUCUGUUCUAGGAAAAUGUCCUUUUAGGAUAUUGAAUAUCAGGUGAUGGGUAGUCAAUCAAGAGCAGCCACUAACAAUGACAAACAAGGCUCAUCAGAACCUCAUUCCAGCUGUUAGUUGGAACAUGGAAUAUGCAAACCUUGUACCACGCUGCAAGCCCUUAUCGUUAGCUAUGUCAAUAAAGAAGAACAUAAUUUUGAAUGGACAUCCUGGUUUGUUCUGCUUCUUUAAGAUAAAAUUUCUCCAUGAAGAGA